UCGUCUGAUCAUGGAGCGUCACUGUGGGGUUUUCCAAUCAGAAUUACUCCCCUUUAAGUGCAGAGAAGAGGAGAAGAGAGCGACGUAACUGUUGUUUGCACAGCAGCCAGACUAGGAACUACGGACUUUAGACUUCUAAGACUUUAUUUUCAAUCAAGCUUUAGCGCAGACUGAUAAAGAAAGCAUUUAUACGGAGAUAUUGAGGAAACGCGUAGACUAGCUUUAGUUAGCGGUCGGGUAACGUUAGUACGACGGUCUUCUGUUUAAACCUCUUCAGAAAACAACUGUUUUGAUAUUAUUUGUUCAUUUUAGCUAUUUAGCUUUAUUAUUAUUCUCGUUUACUCGAGCUCGUGUGUUUUGCUGGUUGUAAAUACAGUUUCACACCUGGAGAAAUGUCCAGCCAGCAGUCCGUCAGACCCGAGAAGGGCAGACCGGAAGUGAUGUUACCUGGGCAACAGGCGCUGCACGAGCAUCCUCAGACCGUCUACGUCAUAUUAGACUCCUCCGAAUCUGUCAAUCUCAUCAGUGUUGAACCCCUUCUUCCUGAGUCUGGGAUCGUGGCAGAUAUUGAGGUAGAAGGUGUUUUCUCCACCGAUUCGGACGCUUUCUAUGAGCUGAAGAGUCAACCCAUCCCCCCGAGUGGCUCUGUGACCCCUGCUGACCCUGUGACCCCAGCUGGCUCCGUGAUGACAUCACGCGUGUUGAUGAGGCAGGAGCUGAUGCGACAGCAAGCUCAGGACCAGGAGAGACGGGAGGCCCAGAAACAGGCCUCCAGCGCUCAGCAGCGGCCCAAUGACGCCUCCCCUGCCAUCUCCGUCACAUCCACCCUCCCGGCUACACCGACCCAGGUGCCUGUGGAAGUGCUGAAGGUUCAAACUCACUUGGAAAACCCAACAAAGUACCACAUCCAACAAGCUCAGAGGCAGCAAGUGAAGCAAUACCUUUCUCACACCCUUGGCAAUAAAAUAGCCAAUCAGACGCUGGUGACAUCGCCCUCGCCCCAGCCCACCUCCGCUCCUGCGCUGGCUCCUGCCGCCAGUAGCACUCCCAGCAGCCCUCUGGCGGUGCUCAGCCUGGGAUCAAAUAAAGAAGAGAUCGAAGACGUCAUCGAUGACAUCAUCAGUCUGGAAUCGAGUUUAAACGAUGAAUUCAUGACACUGAUCGACUCCGGUUUGCAGCUUCCCAGCACGCUGCCAGUCUCAGGAAACCUCCUGGAUGUGUACAGCAGUCAGGGCAUGGCGGCACCCACCAUCACCGUCAGCAGCUCCUGCCCUGCAGACCUCCAAAACGUCAAGAGUGAGUUGACCGAUGCAGAGGUGAAAGCUAUUAUGAAGGAGAGACAGAAAAAAGACAACCAUAACUUAAUUGAGAGAAGAAGAAGGUUCAACAUUAACGACCGCAUUAAGGAACUAGGAGCUCUCAUUCCAAAGUCUUCUGACCCCGAGAUGCGCUGGAACAAGGGCACCAUCUUAAAGGCAUCGGUUGACUACAUCCGUAAGCUACAGAAAGAGCAGCAGAGAGCCAAAGACAUGGAGAUGAGACAGAAGAAACUGGAACACGCCAACCGCAGCCUGCUGCUGCGCAUUCAGGAGCUGGAAAUGCAAACUCGUCUCCACGGCGUCUCAUCAUCUCAGAAAUCUGACUCCACGCUGACCCAGACGCAGACUUUAACUCUGGAUCACAACCCCAGCAACGAUUUCUCCAAGACCCUCCUGUCCCUCAACCAGACCACGCCCUCUUCUUUCUUAUCUCCUCCUUCUUCCACUUCCUCAGUGGGCGGGACGGUCACCAGCCCCCUGGACCUCGGGACACUCAGCUUCAGCGAGCUGGAUGACCCCACAGCCUCCGUGUUUAAUCCAGCCCUGAUGGCGGAGAUGGGAUUAGAAGAUAUUUUGAUGGAUGACGUUGAUGCUCUGUCGCCUGUAGGGGGCGCCGAUCCCUUGCUUUCCUCUGUUUCCCCGGGAGCAUCCAAAACGAGUAGUCGUAGAAGUAGCUUCAGCAUGGAAGAAGACUUGUGAUGCCUUCAAUUCGGACGAUAGUAUUGCUUUACGAUGCAAAUCCUGCUUGCGCACUCCAUGGUCGGCCAGUAGAGGGCAGUGUAAUCCUAAAGUCUUUAGCAAUCGCCGUACUGUAGAAGUCCGAGAUCCUCAAGACUUUUUUUCUAGAGGUGACACAAGUGACUUUGGGAGCAGACGCUGACAUUUAGAGCCUCAUUUAUUGUCUGGACCUCUGAUAAUAUAUAGAAGGAUAUGUACAUAGAGUAGAUUUAGUGCUAAACACCAAUUCUGUGUUUUUAAUAUGCAGUUGUAUGAAAAGUAGCACUGUAAUAUUAACUCGUGGACACUAGCCACAUGAAUUUAUUCAAAAAGUUGGUGGAAUAGCAAAAUAAAUGAUUAUUUUAAGUUUCAGAUCUCACUCAUAUAUAGUGGGCUCCAAAAGUAUGAGACUUCAAACCUGGCGAUAUGCAAGAUUUGGAAUCGUAAAUAAAGAACAAAUAUUUUAGAUUAUGCACUUAAAAAAAGACAAUUUUUAGAUUCUCGUUUUUCAUUAAAUUAAUUUACAGGUGUGAAGCUAAUAAUAUACACUAUUGUUUAAAGGUUUGAUUCAGUCAGUAACAUUUUUAAAUAAAUGAAUACUUUAAAAGAUGCAUUAAAUUGAUCAAAAGUAACAGUGUAGAAAUUUAUAAUGUUGCAAAAGAUUUCUAUUUCAAAUAAGAAAUAUAACUUUUUUUUUACAACAUUGGUAAUAAUAAAAAAAAAGUUUCUUCAGCACCAAAUCAGAAUAUGAGAAGGACUCCUGAAGCAACAUGUGACCCUGAAGUCACAUGUAUAUUUGAAUAUAUUUGAAUUGAAAACAGUUAUUUUAAAUAGAAAUAAUAUUUCACAAUAUUACUAUUUUUACUGUUUUUUUUUUUUUUUUUAAAUAAAUGACUUGAAGAAAAAAAAUCUUACCAAACCCAAACUUGAACAAUAGUGUAAUAAAAAAAAAGAUAAUAUUAAAUUAUAAAAGUCUCAGAUGUUUGGAGCUGACUGUAUGUUAGUGUUUACAGUACUAGCUCAUGAAAUACAAAAGGGACAGUUUUUUUUUUUUUUUUUUUAAAUGUGUGAGUGUGUGUAUCUGCACGUCGCACAUCCAUGCAUUUGAUAACGGUGGCAGUAAACCUGUUCCUAAACCUGCUUUUAAUGUCCUCAGGAAAAAGCAACAGACAGAAAACAGAACAUCCUGUUCAGCUCGGCUUUCAUUUCCUGCUGGCAUUUUUGUGUUCUUCUGUGAAACUUCUUCUGUUUGAUUAUUGAGCAAAUUAAAACCAGCUUCUCAUCGAGGGUCUGAAAGAUUUAUAGGGAUCCCAAACGGCACGAAGAAAGUCAAAAGAGUCUUUCUAUUAUAAACUAAUAUUGAGAUCAACAAGUCAUAGCAACAUAACUUCAGCUUAAUUUUUUAAGUUAUAACAUUCAACUUGAUUGUUAAAGUCAAUUUAAUAUAAUUGAAGCUGAAAUGACUUUUACAGCCAAUUUGCUAUAAGCAUCUGAACUUAAGUCUUUAAGAUGAAGUAGGUGGAAUUAGUUUACAAUGCACCUACUGUAUUUGUGCCAUUGAUUUGCAGCGCAUCUCGACCUCUCUAACUUUGAUUUGAGUUUCAUGCACCGAUGUCAGACUGUCUAUGCAAGUACUUUCAUAGUGAAGUAGCAGAUGACAGUCAUGUUUCCUUUGACAUUCAAAGACCUUCCAGCUCAGAAUAUUGUUCUUGUUCUCUGCCAGAGAGCAAUGAAUCAUAUCAAUGAAUCAUCAAACCUUCAUUAUCGUGUAUUUCUUACUGCAAUCCAACAUCCCUUAUUAGGAUUAUCAUGACAUUCACAAGUUCUGUUUUUAUUUCUACAGAGACUCGUUUUGCUAUAAAUGCGUUUCUUACAUGCUUAUAGUCAGAUGAAUGUUUAUUGAAUUACUUUAAAGUUGAAUUUACUUCUGGAUGACCAUGUUAAAAAUUAGCUUUUUUAAGAUUUUGGCAUUGAUUUAUUUUUAUUUUUUUAUACUCUGAUAUAAAAAAGGAGGAGGAGUUUUAUCGUGUAUAUUAGCAAUAGCAGCUUGUGAAACUACUGUAGUUAUGCAACAUUACAGUUCAUAUGUGUUGAUGUGUCCUCUUAAACCCCAAUAUCUAUACAUUAUAAGCUGAUUUAGCACAAUGGCUUACAUGUAUUUGAAAAAGAGUUUAUAGUUUUUACUACAUAUAUCAACUUAUGUUAUAUAUUUAAGAUUAAACUAUAUAUUUUCACUGCUAUUUCCUUAAAAAUUCUAACCGAAAGACAUUUCUAUCCACAGUGAUGGAUAGUUUUAGUACCUUGCUGGUGAAGAGGGAAAGAUUUAUGUUUUAAAACUAAUACAUUCUAGAAAAUCACAAAACAGGCCAAUUUUGGUGUUUCUGGUCAAAAAUGGCCAUCGUUUAAAAAAAAUAGCUUGUAAAUCUUUCAUUCUGCUAUAUUAUCACCAAAUACUGGAUUCAAUCUUUUUGUCAACAUGUUUUCUUUCAGUGUUCUCUCAAAAACUGAAGUGCAUUCGUACAAUCAGUGAGGCCUACAAUCGAUCAGGGCCAAAAAGAAAUACAAAACCUGUGCUAACUGAAACAAAACAAGUUGAUUAAAAAACGUGAUACAGUAUUUGUUAAUAAAAUAGCAUAACUAUUUUUAUUUCGCUCAUUUUUGACUGGGAACACCGCAAGUGUAACAAGGAAAAAAAAUAUAAAAUUGGGAAAAUCUGUAGAUUUUACAAUCUGUAGAUUUUAUUAAAUGCAAUAAGAUUAACUAGCAUUUUUGUGGAAAAGAAAAUAUAAAAAUGAGCUGGUAUAGAUUUUGGAUCAAUGCUAUGUCAGUGUGUACAUCACGUCACUUUAAGAUGGUUUUAUCUCUGGUAAAGACAUCGGUUGUCUUAAAAAUCUCUACUGGUCGUGUUCAGCCACCGUGUGAUUGCAUGAUCACUGCUAAAGAUCAGUAACCAUUGGGAAUCACAAUAGAUAAAUGAAGUACUUUUGUAUAUAUUUCUUUUGAUGCCUCCAUGUUGGAUGUCCAGUGAUGGGAUCUGGGCAUUUCUUGUGUUUUUGGAGGUUACCCUGCAGUUUCUGCCUCAUGAAAUGUCCUCAAACUUGCCAUCAGUUCUGUGGUCGGUGCUGUGGAGAGCUACAAAAAUAACGUAUAUAUACCUGUAUAACUGUACUUCAGGAGAAUAGAGAAGAAUUAGACCGAGUUUACAUUAAUCUCAUACUUGAUAAUGUCCUGUAGAUGUCCAGUGUCCGGUCAGACUUGAGCAAAGGGAACGUGUUUGUCGUUUAUUCUGUAUUUCAGUAGGUCCAGCGUGCCUGUGGAUGUUUAUUCCUGUAUUCUCUACAACAUUAAAACAAGCAUCAGUUUUGCAG